GAACGAGCGAGCCAGCGAGCGACGGAGCCAGCGAGAGCCUGAGAGCGAGAGAGAGGCUAGGAAGCGAGAGACACAAGGAAGACAGCUCGCAUCGCCAGGAACGAGCAUCAGCAACAGCAGAAGAAGAAGAUUAGGAGAAGAAGAAGGAGGCAUCAGAAUCUCGAGCAGCAGCAGCAGCAGCAGUAGUGCCUCCCUCACAGCCCUUCCUCGCUCCCUGCCUCUUUUCCUCUUCUACCCACUUUCCUUCGCGAGCCCUAACGUCUUUUCUCCUCUUCUUCCUUACCCUAUACUUCCACUACUACUACUUCUUCUUCUUCUCCACGUUUACGUUUGUUUUCUUCCUUCGUCUCGUCGGUCCUGCUGCUCGCCACCGAACCGGACCUCCCGGCUCCUGUUUGCAGCGCUGUGCAUCCUGCUUCGCCAUGACGUCCACCGCCGGUCAACCCCAGUUCCGCUACACGCAGCCUCCGUCCAAGGUGCUGCACGUGCGCAACUUGCCGUGGGAGUGCAGCGAGGAGGAGCUCAUCGAGCUGUGCAAGCCCUUCGGCAAGGUGGUCAACACCAAGGUCAAUGUCGGGGCCAACCACAACCAGGCGUUCGUGGAGUUCGCCGACUUAAAUCAAGCUAUUGCAAUGGUGUCAUAUUAUGCAUCAUCAUCAGAGCCGGCUCAGGUGCGAGGAAAGACGGUGUACUUGCAGUACUCUAACAGGCAAGAAAUUGUCACCAGUAAAAACUCUGGGGAUGUUGCGAGCAAUGUCCUACUCGUAACCAUUGAGGGCGUAGAGGCUGGCGAUGUCAGCAUUGACGUCUUACACCUUGUGUUUUCUGCCUUUGGCUUUGUUCAUAAGAUUGCGACUUUUGAGAAAAGCGCUGGCUUCCAGGUGUGUAUUAUGGCACUAGUACAAUUCAGUGAUGCUAAUACUGCUUCUGCUGCCAAAUCGGCCCUUGAAGGACGGAGCAUACCCAGAUAUUUGCUGCCUGACCACGUUGGUCCCUGCCACUUACGAAUAUCAUUCUCUGCACACAACGACCUCAAUGUGAAGUUUCAAAGUCAUCGAAGCCGGGAUUACACCAAUCCGUAUCUUCCGGUGGCCCCAUCAGCAAUUGAUGGAAGUGGUCAGUUUAGCGUUGGACCUGAUGGAAAGAGGAGGGAGCCUGAGAGCAAUGUGCUGCUUGUUUCAAUUGAAAACAUGCAGUACGCCGUAACGAUUGACGUAAUACACACUGUUUUCUCUGCUUUUGGAUUCGUUCAGAAAAUCGCAAUUUUCGAGAAAAGUGCUGGUUUUCAAGCUUUAGUUCAAUAUCCAGAUAUUCCUACUGCAGUUGGAGCAAAGGAGGCACUUGAAGGUCACUGCAUUUACGAUGGAGGCUUCUGCAAGCUUCACCUAUCUUACUCUCGGCAUACUGAUUUAAAUGUCAAUAACGACAGAAGCAGAGAUUACACUAACCCUGGCCUUCCUGCAACUCAACCUCCUGUUUUGAGCCAAGCACCAGGGGUUGGUCCUGGCAGCCCCGCUGCGGCUGGCCCUGCCUAUCCAGCCGCUCAGUAUGGGGCUGCUCCCCCUCCUCAAGACUCAGGAGCUCAACAGCAGUCAUGGGAUACUGAAGGGAGUGGUAAAGCACAACAGGUUUCUGGUCCAAUGCCAGGACAACCCAUGUCUGGUCCUAUGUACAUGAGUCAUCAACAUGGUGGAGCUGUGGGACACCAUGGUCCUCCUGGUGCAUCAGGCUCCUAUCAGGGUCCCCCUGGUCCAGUUACUUCAAUGGGCCCAAUGUCGGGGCCAGGGCCAUCAAUGGCACCACCUGGGUACAUGGGACCUGGAAUGCAUCAACAAGGUCAACAGAGCCAUCACUUGGGACCUCCUGGUCAUUCUAUGCCACCUUACCAACAAAUGCACGGGCCAGGCCAUCAAGGCAUGCCCCCUGCAAACGGAGGCCCUGGUGGAUAUUACAUGUGACCUCUUUCUUGCAGUGGCGAAUUCCUCUUGACAUUAGAUUAGUUUCGAAAUUCGUCAAAUGCAGUAGGGCCUUCAGUUGCACAAAGUUCAGAUUUGAAUAUGGACUUGUGUUACCUGGUUGUGGUUUUUUUCUUUCUUUUGUUUGGUUUUUACCCCUCUGAUCUUGUACCUUUAAUGUGCUAAGUUUAGAAUAGCGAUUAAUGACUCCUUGUUUUCAUUAAUCAUGAGAGCUCUGAUAUUCGAUCAAUGUAUGAAAUCAAUUUGUUUUGUUUGAAUAUUUUGGUUUAGCUUCUGUACUAAA